UUCUGAUUGGCUAAACAUGCUACGCGCGCUUCUGCAGCAACUUCAUAUUCCUCUUUCGCGCGGGACAUCGUGUCAUGAAGAAGCAGAGACAUCGAGCUCCGAUAAAAUCCGUAAAAUUGUUGGCCUGAAUAUACUGAUCGCUCCCAGAUCAGAGGUGGCCAUUAAAAUCCAAAGAAGAAGAAGACGUGUGCAAAUAUAUGCGAGAUCGGAAAAAAAAUACAGAAAAUACAGACUAAAAAUAAGUCGUAUAAGAUUGAAAAUUGCUUUUAUCUAACUGACAUUUGGACAUUUGGCUGUCUCUGAAGUUCAACAAAAUUUGCAGAUACUUUUGGCGAAAUUCACAAAAAUAUAGCACUAGUGAGAGUAAAGGCAGAUCUUGACGUCCACCUCACUUGGGCGAUCUGCAUGAAGGGCACCAGAUAGGGCCUCGUAAGAAUGAGGCGGAUCGAUCAUGACGGCCACGUCGCGCGGCAGGGCCCGCCGUCCUUCCGGGUGUUGGCUGUCCCCGACACCGCUUAUCUAUCGCCGACGAUUAUCCCAGCACCGCCACCGCCGCGUGCGCCUGAGCCCUACAAGAUCGCUCCGUCGUCGACGUCCUCCGGGAGGGCACAUCGUCGUUCCAGUUUCGUGAUACUUGCCGAAUCCAGACCAGCGAGCCCGGACCCCGACAAUGCAUCGCCCAAUUUGCUCACGGGAAGAGUCUCGCCCUUCCGUGGACGUGGUUUCAAGGGACCACCUCCUCAUUCAAUGUCAAGACCGCAAUCGCCGGAAAUUGCCGCAGACGGACGUCGACGUAGAAUCGAUCAAAAAGCUUCGCUAUCGCAACAAAACAGUCCUAGAAGAAGCUUGAUUCCACAACCUACUUAUCGUCAACGAUCCACUUCCUUGACGAAAGCCAACGAACGUUCGCCAUCGCCCAAGAUCGGUCGCCGAGUUGAUUCAAAGACGCGAUUGAACGUCUCAAAUUCUCAAGGUCGAUUAAAUGCGGCCAGCUCGAAAACACAGCUAAACGACUCUAGGACGCGCCUGAAUAAAUCCGAUUCGAAGAGUCGUACGAAUCUUGUUGAGUCCAAGAUCCGUUUUAUCUCCAAUUCCACCAGUAAUCUCAGUAACAACUCGACGACGAUGCGUCGGCAAGCGACGACAAAAGCAUCGACGCGACUCUCGCCAAUCCAAGGCACCCCGACAAAACCGGAAAAGGCGAGCUCUCAAUCAAAUAUAAAAAACAGGAAUUCUUUGAGGCAAUCUCCUACAAAGACAUCGAGAAUUUCACCGCGGAAAAACAAUGUUACUACUACUCGAAGAGACAAUCAGAAUAGAAAUUCUAGCAAAGAACGUGUUCUUUCGCCAUCAAAAAUUCCCCUGAAGACGAAUGGUUCAUCGAGUACCAGCAGGUUUAUCUCAAUGCCCGAACAAAGCUCGGAAAGAUUUGUGAAGACGGGCAAAAUUGUGAAAGAAGGUAGAAAUGACAAGCAGACAGCUAACCAAUCUCUUCAGAAUGAUCAAUCGUCCGAACUGAAUCCAAAAGAAAGCAAGGGAACUCUUGAAGGGAACUCUUCGGGCAAUAUGGACGAAAUGGAUCUCAUAAAUCUGCUGAAGCAAACCUCGCAAACAACUGGCACGUCUGAACGUUUAGUGAAUACUACCACGACCACGGCAGUGCAGCCGUUACAUAUCGAUGCGAACACGCUUCUCGUCGAGCCAAAUCAGCAGAAGGAACGAUCCGAAGGAACGUCCAAAUCUGUCUCUCCUACAUUCAAGGGAGAAUCACCAGUGCCGGUUUCGAUGCAAAAUACAGCAUCGAUGCAUCAGAGACCCGUCGAAAAUCAACCAAGCAAAACGAAUCAAGCGAGUAAUAAUCCUGGGAAUGAUAAUAAGGAUUCUUCCAUCGGUGCGGAGAGUAACACCAUAGGACAUAUUAAGAGCGGUAGCAUUGGCCAAUCUACGAAGGUUGUCACCAAGGUAAACGGUGAAGAUCAGCGUUUAAACUCGACUCAUCAGCGUUCGAAUCAAUCUUCUGCCAACCAGCAUUCUGGUAAAAAUCAGAAUACUCGUGCAUCUAAACAAAGCGAUGGAAAGACUCUGGGAGAAUCGGAAACGAUAGAGGUGAAGAGCAGCACCACGAGUAGUAAGGUAGCAGCAGCCACUGGUGAGAUUUCAGUGAACGAUAAGAUGCCAAACGUAAUGGAGAACGAUUCAAAAAUUGCUAGGACAGUCGAAAAAGCGGAAACGGCGAUGAAUAACGCGACGACGGUAAACAACACGACAGCGAUGAAUAGCAAAACGACGAGUUACAACAACAACGUGAAUUCCGCGAUCGGUGCAGUGAACGCGAGUGUAAACAGUGGUGUUGUGGUACGAACGAGGAAUGAGAAUCGUGGUAGCGACGCGUCCCUGAAGUCAUCUACCGGUGCAUCCACGGGUUCCAUCGAGAGCGUACGGUCGACGGAUACAGGAGUAAGUGUGAACACGGUCAAAGGGGUGUCCUCACCGAGGGAGAAAACGGGUGUGCACAUGGUGAAGCGUCCGCAAGAGAUCGAGACGCUUAGCGGCAACAUCGUCCACAUCGAGCAGAAUGGAGAGCCAACUGUCCUGGCUUCUUGCAACGAAAAGGAACAAGCAAAAGCUAGUGAAAAGCUAUUGACACGUUGGGGAAGAUCUCUGAGUCAGUACUCCAAGUGCUGCUCUGGCAUGAGGUGCCUUGCUUGUCGCAGAGACCCCAAGAGUUUUCUAUGGACCAGGAAUCAAAAGAGAGCGAUGGUGAUCAACGAUACUCCGCCACCGGUUGCACCAUCACCUGCGACAAACACGUUGUCCUGUUGGUCGAAACUGAAAUCGCGAUGCAGAUGCUCUAGAUUACAAGAGAUCAAGUGUUGUACAAGAAAAUCCAGAGUCGCUCCUGCCGAGUCUACCGUUUGCUGUCCACCGGAGAGAAGAUGUGGUGCGAUUUGUCGUCGCGUGUUCGGCUGUUGCAGUUGCAAACGCGCGGACACGCAACAACGCACAAAAAAUACACGUGCCAAGCACAGUCUUACAAGUGUAGUGCCGCCACCCUUAUCUGAGGAACCAAAGGCCAAGUUACCAGAUGUUUUAGUGGAGUACAAUUCUGUUAUGCGUGGCGCCAUUCCUUGCCUCCCGGUUCCUCUCGCCUGGUUCUGCCUAAUAUGGAAUAUUUUAUUACCAGGGACUGGAACUGUUUGGAGCGGUUUAUUUGAUUUAUGUACCGGACAGCCGCGAUUCUCUCCCGUUGCUGGAUUAAAGUCACGACUGGGUGCACUUAUUGUCAAUCUUGUUGUGGGUGUUGGUCAAUUAUUUACUGUUCUAUUUUGCCUCGUUGGAUGGGGCUGGAGUAUUUGGUGGGGCGUCAUCAUGGUCCGUUUAGCUAGAAAAUACAAACGGUUCAAGGCUUCGGAAGCUGCCAGCAACGAUCUCGAAGCCAGAGGAGGCGAACCGGGUCCCCUGCCUCCCGGUGUGCCGAGCCAAGCCUUACGAGAGGUGGAAAGGGCACGAUGAUGCAUUUUUAAUAAAAAAGGGAUUAUGAUUAUUCUCCGAUUGUCCAAAGAAAUUUUAUAUCUUGUUCGACAAGCUUUCGUGCUUCGUUUGAUAUGAAUCGUCAUGAAUUGAAAAAUAUCGUCCGCAUGAAUAAAAUAAUAUUGCUGGUGCAGCUUGUAAUAAUGGUUAUAUAUUUGCGAAGAUGAUAUUAAGAGAGAUAUUUCAGACCAAAAUUUUUCUCUACAGUUGAAUCAUGACAAAAGGUGAAAAUUAAAUAAAAAUUUUGAAACAACAUAUUAAACUAUACGAUAUAAAUUUGAUAAAUAGGUAAUUGAAAAAGGUCACCAAUGAUUAAGACGAUCGAGUAUUUAAAUUUUUUUUAUGUCAUUCAUU